AAGACAUUGGCAUUAAUUUGAUCAUCGGAUAACCGGAUGCGGAGACGAUAAGGAAUUGUGCUGAGAGACUGGGCAGUAAUUGGCAGCUAGGCGCGGAUAAUCGCCUUCUCCUGAUACGUGUCCUGGAUAGUCAUAAUGCUAGGGUGUAUUUUGUUAUGCGUUUUCUUCCACAGAGGAAUCAUCCCACGGAAGGUGUAGGCUCUCCUCGACUCGCAUGGAUUUGAGGCUUACUAUUCGCACGGUUGACCUAUCUUCAAUUCCCUGAACAAAUUCCCUUUCAGUAAGUCAACACGCUAAACCUCCAGCUCUUCAGUCCAGCACUACUCUCGCUUCAAUGUCAACAGCUUCGGCUGCGCGCUUUUAGCGGGCGAUUCCAGGUCUCGGUUCUACCCGAGUCAGGGGUCUUGCAUGACGCCCCACUUGAGCUGUUCUGUGACGCGGGAACUCCAUCAACCUCCACCUUCAAGACCUGCCUGGAAUGUCAACAACAGCAAAUCAUUUGAAUAGUCAUUUUCUUCUUAGUACCUCCAGUAUUACUACAGCUUCUCUUUGUACCGUCCGUUAGAUACGACAGAAGCCUACAUCUCUGCUCUGGAAACAAGGAAGGCGCUCAGUAACAACCACAAGACGACCUGACUCAGAAAUCGCAACGACACAACGUAACGACAACAUGACAUCCCUCCAGACCCUUACACAAUACGCAGCAAACGUUUUGAACCUCGCGCAACUCCCCCUACUCUCCAACGCACCAUCGUUCCCCACGUCACAGUCCCCCUUCGCCUUCUCAGCAGUCCCAAAUGCGCAAUCGACCUUCGACCACACAUGUCCAAUCGAUAGUCCAGUCUCAUGCCAUAACAGCACGAGCUUUCCGGACUCCUGUUGUUUUAUAUAUCCUGGUGGGCAGCUGCUGCAGACGCAGUUUUGGGAUACGACGCCGAGUGUUGGGCCGAAGGAUAGUUGGACGCUACAUGGGCUAUGGCCAGACCUCUGCGAUGGCUCCUAUCCAACAUUCUGCAAAGCAGCACCAAUGUACCACAACAUAACAGCCAUCCUCGCCUCCGCCAACGCACCUCUCGAACCCCCAAACCCGUUUCCAUCCUCCUCCUCCUCAAGCACCUCAUCAUCCAUUACCACCACCACCACCUCAACACUCCUAGACUACAUGCAAACCUACUGGCUGCCCAACCGCGGCUCCGCAGACUCCUUCUGGGAACACGAAUGGAACAAACACGGAACCUGCAUCAACACCCUUUCGCCAUCAUGCUACACCUCUCCCUCCUCCUCCUCAUCCUCUGAAUUUACCUCCGAAUCCUACAAAUCCGGGGACGAAGUAGUCGAUUUCUUCACCCGCGCCGUAAGCCUCUUCCGAUCUCUAGACACCUACAGCGCGCUCGCAUCCGCGGGUAUCGUCCCCUCCGCCAGAACGACCUACAGGAGAGAACAGAUCGAAGUUGCACUGAAGAAAGUCACAGGCGCGGACGUGCUGAUCAGGUGUCGAGGGAACAGGCUGAAUGAAGUGUGGUAUAGUUUUAAUGUGAAGGGGAGUUUGCAGGAGGGGAAGUUCGUGCCUAGUGAGCCGGUGGGGAAGGUUGGGAGGGGAGGGUGCCCGCCUGGUGGGGUGAGGUAUUUGCCGAAGCAUUAGUAGGCACCUCGGGAUAUGAUGGGGAGGGCUGAGCACGUUAUUGGGAAAGGGGGCCGGCGGCGUUUGGGAUAGAGACAUUUAGACAUUGAUGGUUGAGUAUCGGACCUGAGAAGGUGCUGGAUACCUAGAAUUCGAGGCUUGUUUAUAUCAUGUUUGAAUGAGUUUUGACAAGGCAAUCGUAAGAAUAGCUCGCUAUUAGUUUUCCUGA